AUGAUUCACAACAUCUCUAGCACGAGUGAAUCUGAUAGUGACAGCUACGGUUACACCGAUGAUUUGGUUUUAGACGAGGAUUAUGCAAUUAUUGAUGGCGCAUGUCAGGGUAAAAAUCACAUUGGGUAUAGCAGCUUAAUGUUGGGGAUCCUUGAUGAUAUGACCGAUGGUCCCAAUUUCGGUUAUGAUGAUCCGAUCGAUCAAGGAAAACAAGAGCCUGAUGAAGAAUUCGAGGAGUCUUUGUCUAAAACCCUUCAAAUUCCCAUCCAGGAAGAAAACCCUAGUAGACAAAUCGACGACAAGGAGGAGGAGAAAAACCCUGUUGAUGAAGAAUUCAACGAGUCUUUGGCUACAACCCCUGAAAUUCCGUUCCAGGAGGAAAACCCUAGCGAUGACAAGGAGGAGGAGGAGGAGGAGAAAAUCCCUGUUGAUCAUGAUGUUCGUAAUGCAGUCCCAGUUUGUGGUUUUGGGAGGAAGAAGAUUUGGGCUUUCUCCCGUUUUCUUAUCAGGGCUGUUUAUAUGAUCCUGAUGUGUGCUUAUUUAGCUAGCAUGAAUAAUUACCACCACAGGGGACUGAUUGUCCCCGAAUUCGCGGUCGAAUCCGUCUCUGUUUUCCCCAUGGAACACGACCCUGUUUCCAGCACCGUCGCGGCGAAAUGGAACGUGAUUUUCAACGCGACAAACCCUUCUGAUAAUCGCGUUUUGCGAUACAACGGCAUCAGCGCCGAGGUUAUGUUCGGGAAGAAUAAGAAGAAUCCUGUUUUUCUUUUCCCUGAACUACUGAACAAGUUCAUCCAACCCUGGAUGCCUCCAGUUGCCAAUUCCAACUCCAUCUGGAAGACAGAUUUGCCUGAUUUUAAUCAGACUGAAGGCCAACAGGAGCUUGUCAAGGUAACUUUUCCCACCUUUCCUGUUACUAUUGACAAUGAUACUGCUGCUGCUUUGGUGAAGGAUGUAAAAUCGGCCGGGAGGGCGUCGACGGGUUUUUCGGUUCGCCUGAGCGGUAGUAUCACUGAGUACAACAAACACGAUAAGAGGACUGGUAAGGCAUGGUUCGCCGCGGACUGCCCGCUCAACAUGGCGUUCUUAAAGACAGGCGGUGGUGUGAUGGCUUCCUCAUCAGAAGAAUGCAAGGUCACCAUGGUAGACUGGAAGACGCCGGCCACCCGCGCUGCGUUGUGUAUAUACUACUCGAGUUUUUAGUGUGUCAAAGCCAAAAUAUCAUGGAAAACAGCUCUAACCUAGUUUAUGUUAUAUAGGGUCUUUUAUCGUGGAUCAAUUUGAGUUUUCUUCAUAUUAGGAGGUUUUAUUUUCCCUCUUGCUUUCGUUUCAGGAUAACGGAUAGGUUUUGAAUUCAUUGAAUAUUUUGCUAUGAUAUUAUUAUUAUCUAUUGGAAAUUUUUAAUUUAGAG